CUUGGGAUUCCCGGUUAUGUGAUGAUGUGGCUCGUUUUUAACCCAAUCCUUUCUUGUCUGGCAGUUAUAUGCUGAUGUGGUUAAUUUUUGCCAACCUGGAUGCAUUCCUUUGACAUUUUAUUGCGCCUCAUUCACGGUUAGGGCUAUUCUCCUUCCAUUUGAAUAUUCAAGCACCCAUGGCCGACGACGAGGUACUUGGAGGGAUUUGGUAGUGCUUUGGUCAUCUCCUUCACUGAACUGCUUUAUCUAUACUCCUAUUGCAUUCAAAGAGAUAUCAGGUGGGUUAAGAACGAGCCAACUAGACUUCAAGCAGCUUGUGCAACAAAUUGUCCUUUUAAGUGCACCGCUUCAUGGGCUAAUCAAUACAAAUGUCUGCAGUUUGUGCAUUAUUUGACAAGGGUGGGGAGCCGGAAGCUUAUGUUGAUGACAGCUACUCCAAGGACACAUAUCAGAGGAUCUAUUCCCAUCAUCUAGAACCUAUGAAUGGGGAGAUGUUGUGGCAAAGGACACAAAACAAUGACAUUGCUCCCCCCAUUCCAAAGAAGCUAACGGGUAGACCUAAGAAAAAAAGGACUCGUGAAGUGAAUGAACAAUCAUCAUCUGGUAAGGGUAGAACCACUGUAUCACGCAAGGGGAGAGUCAUGACAUGCUCUAAGUGCAAGCAGGCGGGCCAUAAUAAAGCAAAGUAUCCAAACACGGCCACAGAUACACAGAGUGCCUCCACCAAACCUUCCAAAAGAAAAAGUAAAGCACAAAACAAAGAAGGAGGUGAUAGACCCCAAAAGAAGAAAAGAAAGCAUAAGGGUUUUGGCAUAUACAUUGAGCCUGAGACUGGAGAAACUGUUUUAGAUCCGGGACUAUCAAGUGAACAAGUACUUUAAGUGGGGACUACAAAGACUAGUGAAGUGCUGCAAAGACUGGCUGACCAUAGAAGUGCAUUCUGUGAACGGAUGAAACUCGUUUUGUUAUGUAAUGUCAUGUGUACUGAACAUGGGUAUAAAUGCCCCUUUUGUCAUGUAAUGUACGUUUUAAGUGAUGCUUUGUUUAUCUAGAUGUGUAAUGAUCAUGGAUUUAAAUACCCCUUUUGUCAUGUAAUGUUUGUAGUGAUUAUUGGGCAGUUAGAUGUGUUAUGGUCAUGACUAAAAAUGACACUAAUCUGGAAAUGUAAUGCCAUACAUUUUGUUGAACGUCUCGCAAUGUAAUGCUCCUAUUCUGCCCCUAUUCCUCUACAUCAUAUAAAACUGCUCCUGGCUCUUUCCA